GAUGCACGCUCCCGGCUUCCGCGGGCGGUACCAGCCGCAGUUAUGGCGGUUUAUUUGACUCCGCGAUUCAGGAGGCUCCGCAGUCAGAACGAGUUGGAGCCGCGGCGGGGGAGCGGCCGGCGGCGAGGUUGUGAUGGUCCUUUUCAAGCAACUCAGCUGUGGAAUAGUAUUAUUCAUGCUCUUCACAGUCAGGUAGAAAUCAAAAGACGUAGGCAACAUCUGAGAACAUAUAAAAACUGUUUCACCGGCUCCAAUGCCGUUGAUGUGGUACUGAGCCACCUUAUGCAAAGUAUGUACCUAAGCUGCAAUGAUAUUUCUCGGUUGAAGGGAGUCCGUGUAUGCCAGGCGUUAAUGGAUCACAAGGUGUUUGAGCCGGUUGGAGCAAAGCUUUACUUAUUCAAGAAUGAGAAAGAAACAGAAUUUGAGGAUAUAAACACCAGUCUCUAUAAAUUUGUAAAUAGUAGUCUUGCUCCUCUUCUUCCGAGAAAGAAUAAAGACAAUGAGAGCUUGUCUCCUGAGCAAAUCUGUAAGCAGAAGACAAAAAGACAUUCCAACAGAACGAAGAGUGAAACAGCAGUUUCAAGCCCCUUAGCAUUAGAAGUGGCUGAUAAAAAGAAGGUAGAGGAGCUUCUUAAAUCAAUAAAUGUUCAUGCAUCUUUACCUUCAAAGAGCAUGGUUAGUGAGUCAACUCAUCUACUUUCAAAAAGAGUAAUAGAAGAUGUCUGGAAGCAGCAAACCCUGCUACGACUGCUGCAGUUAAUUGAUGUUCCGUUCCUAGAAGAUAUCUUGGUGUCUUCAGUGAAGCCAAAACCAGAUUGUUUUGGCAAAGAAGAAGAUCUCAUUAUCUCAAAUACUUUCCUGGACAGAGAGAUUGCAAGUAUCUUAAACUUGCCUGAGCUUGACAAAUGGCUCUAUGCUGCAAUUGAAUGCUUGGAGUAUUUUCCAGACCAAUUUAUAGUGAUGGUUAGUCAGCAGUUACCUCAAAGCACUAACAAACCCUGCAGUCUGAAUACAUACAAGAAGAUUCUUUUUGACACUAUAAUAAAGUACUAUAGUCAAAAGAAGGACUCCCUUCUUGACGCUCAGGAUCUCGAUAUUCAUUCAGGAAUUAUAGAACUUAUAGAAAAAGGAAAAACAGAUCAAGCUCUAGAAGCAUCACAACUUUAUUUAAAAUUAUUAGCACCAAAUAUCAGAGAAGAGCUACAUAGACUCCUGACAUUCAUAGCCAUUGCAUCAGAAUCUGAUGGCUACAAAUUACAGAAACAACUUGAGAACAGAUUGGUUAUCAUCAAGACUUUCACGAAGUUCAUCUUACAAAGUAAGACAUUGUCAAAACCACAGGCAGAACUGCUGACUCAGUUUCUGAUGGACAGCCACUCCGACCUCUUGAAGACUCCUUUAACUCUUCUGGAGCUAACCAGUAGGAGGUUUGAGAGUUUGCUAGAAGAACAAGAUCCAGAUACCAAUUCAGGCUUCACCUUCUGUCAGCGUGUGACAACUAAAGAAUAUGAAGAUCAAACCCAACAAACAAAUCGGUAUCUUCUCUCAUUGGUUCAAGAGAUGGACAGUGACCCUACCAUUCCUUUGAAGCAGAAGAAGAAAUUAGUUAAAGAAUUCAAGAAAUACCAUUCUCUUGCCUAUUGUGGUUGUAAAACUAAAUGUGAAUUUUGUGCUCCAAAUGGUUAGAUAUCGAUACAGCCUUUUGAGGGUUUGUUUUUUGUUGUUCUGUUUGGAGUUUUGUUUUGUUUUUUUUCAUUUUAAAGGGGAGGAUGCAUAUGAAAAUGGCACAAACUGUUGCCUUAUGUUGUUAUGUCUUCAGUUACAGAAAACUACAGCUAUUGAAAUCACUAUGCUGCUAAAAGGCAUUAAUUCAAAUGAUUCAUUUUAAGCAAAAUGUUCUUAAUUAUUUUAAAGUUAGUAAUAAUGGCACACUGCUUGUGCUACUUGUUCGGACUUUGGUGCUUUUUUCCAUGUGUCCUUAAGCCUAUAGCUUUCUAGCUGAGCCAAGUCUGCAUUCUGAGGCAUGCUUGGGUUGAU